GGGGGCCCCAAAAGUGUGUAAGGAAAAAGAAUAAAAACUUUCUAAUUUAUUUUAUUUUACAAAUGACAAAAUUCUAUAAAGCAAUUCCUUUUUUUCCCGCCUUAAGCGUGCGUUCAAAAGUUGGCAACACUACAUCGUUAUGGCGGGCUGCGGGACUUCCCCGUUUUACUUACUUCAUCUUCAACUCAGCGGGGAAUCCCCGGGAAUCCUUCAUCGAUAUCGCGAUGUACGUGUACGUUGUUGUACUUUGCAUUGGAUGUUAAACCACGGAGUGCAGUGCACUGUUUAUUUACGCGCUUUAUAUAAAUGUGCAUUACAUUGUAAUUCAGUACAAACAAUAUUGUUCUUCUGGUUUAGCAGUAUUAGUAACGAUUUGUAAAAGAAAUGAGUGAAAGAAAAAGAGAUUAUCCCAGCGGCGCUGAGAAAAGAAAAAUUGAACAGAAAAGGGACGAGGUUAUAAAAAAAGUGCCCAAAAUUUCUUCAUUUUUUCAGAGACAAGAUACUGUGAGUGAUUUAGAUUGGAAAGAUUCUUCUGAAGCAUGUUCUUCGUCACAUAUCCAUCCGGAAAUAGAAGAAAGCCAAGCACAUACUUUAUCGGAUGUCUAUCCAGAAAUCGAGGAACCCCAAGUCAACGAUUCUGAUAUAUCUGCAGAUAAUGCAGAUUGUAAUAUAAUUUCAUCAGAUAGAGGAAAUUUUGGUGACAAUUUAACUGAAUGCGAACGAAAAAUAAUUUUUAAAUUGGGUCCAUUUAAACCACAAGGACCAUUUCCAAAAGUUUCAGAAAAUAACCGACCUUUUUCAGCUUAUUAUUAUUCAUAUUUCAAUCAGGCAGGCAUAAAAAUUAUAAGACCAUGGUUAUGUUAUUCUAACGUUUUAAACAAACCGUACUGUCACUUCUGUUGGUUAUUAGCAGAUCGUCAAAACAAAUCGUACUCCUCUGCUUGGGUUAACGGUGUUUCGGUUAGAAGCAAUUUCACACAAACUAUUCUUGACCAUGAAAAGUCACAGCAGCAUAUUAGUGCCUCACUCUCUUAUAAUAAUUGGUUGCAAGGAAAUACCAUCGAUACUCUAUUGAAAAGUGAAAUCGAUAGUAAAAUUACAUUCUGGAGAGAUGUACUGCAUCGUAUAAUUAAUGUUAUAAUUACUUUAGUAUCUUGUAAUCUACCUUUGAGGGGGCAUGAUUCUGAUUCUGGCAAUUUUAUGGCAAUUUCACGUCUGCUAUCUAACUAUGAUGCAACUUCAAAAGAACUUUUUCUAAAACCGAAAGGUGAAAUAAAUUAUUUAAGCCCUACGAUUCAAAACGAAAUUAUUAGUUUGCUUGGUACUAACGUUAGGAACAGUAUUAUCUCAGAAAUUAAAAAAGCUCAAUUUCUGACAAUAAUUCUGGAUACAACACAAGACUUGUCAAAAAUUGACCAACUAUCUGUAGUUUUUCGAUAUAUCUCGGUUACAGAAAAUGAUGAUAAUGUGCUGAAGAAAUAAAAAUCUGUGAGUCCUUUUUAGGAUUCAUAGCAGUAACCGAUUGCAGUGCUGCAGGUCUGAAAACUGUCAUUUUAAAUUUGACUAAAGAAUAUGGAAUUGAUUUGACUAAAUGUAGAGGACAGGGAUACGAUGAUUUAGAAAAAAUAUAUACUUUUUUUGGCAAUAGUAUAAAACGCUGGGCUAUGCUAAGUGACGAUUCAUCUGAAAAAUAUUUGAUUACCCUUAAAAAGGUAUGUCCUACUAGAUGGUCUUCUAGGAACGACGCUUUAUUAGCAGUAAAGAAAAAUUUUUUACUAAUCAUGAAAACUUUGUACCAACUAAAUUUAAUUUCAAAUAAAAAAGAUGAACGUGAAGAAUGUAAAAGUAUAAUUAAUAUUUUAGAGAGUUUUGAUUUCUUAGUGCUCGUUACAUUUUUUUCUUCACUAUUUGAAAUUAUUAAUCCUGUUUCUAAAGCUCUACAGCAUGAAAAUAAUGACUUACAGAAAUCUAGUAUUUUAUUAAGUAAUCUUUUAAAUAGACUGUGCCAAUUAAGAAAUCAGAAUUCAUUUAAUAGUUUGCUAAAUGAAUCCAAAGAUUUAGCAAAAAAGUGGGGGGUAACAACUGUUUUUAAAAACAGUAGGCGAAAGAUAACGAAGCGUUUUUUUGAUGAGUUAUCACAAGAUGAGAGAAUUUCCGACCCGGAAUCCUAUUUCAAAGUCAAUGUAUACUAUUGCUGUUUAGAUAUAUUAAUUUCUCAAACUAAAGAAAGAUUUCAGAGCCUUUGCAACCUGAGUAGUAUAUUCGAAAUAUUACAACCGGAGAAACUCCUAUCUUCUUCAAGCGAAGAGAUAUUAAACGCUUCCGGAAAACUGUCUGCUAAAUACAGUAAAGACAUCUCACUUAAUCUUUGUGACCAAUUAAAGGCUCUAAAAACAUGCUUAAAUUCUGAAAUUAAAAAAAAUUAUUCCAUUAAAGAACUCAUUGAAUUAUUGCUAGUAAAAUUCAAUAGUCUUGCAUCCAGUUUUCCCGAGGUAAUCACAGCAUGCUUUUUAUUCUUGACCCUUCCAGUUACAACCGCAACGGCAGAAAGAAGUUUUUCAAAAUUAAAACUAGUAAAAAAUUACUUAAGAACUUCGAUGGGACAAGAACGGCUGUCAGACAUCUCACUAUUGUCCAUAGAGGCAGAAACUUUAGAAAAACUAAAAUCAUCAUCAGCCAUAAAUGAUUUAAUAAAUCAGUUUGCCGAUAAAAAGGCAAGGAGAGUGAAUAUUUAAAAUUUGAUUUUUAUUUGUAAAAU